UUCUCCACAGCGAGAAAGCAGCACUGGCGAAGUAGACAGCGCAUCUGUUCAGCCGGUGGUACUAAAUUGAAAACUAUGCACACACAUCGAUCAGUUACAAGAUGAAUCCCUACAAACAACACCCAGACAAGUCGUCCAGAAUGGAAGCUACCACUUUGUUUUAUUACUACAGAACCAACCGCUAUUAAAGGUGUCAUUUCUCAUGCAAUAAGGUGAGUGCCAGAUCCACCCUUUGCCCAACCAACAUUAAUGACUAUGUCCAUGUAUUGAGCUAUCAGACAUUCUGCAACACAUUUUGGUUGAACUAAUCCGGACAAACAAGAGCGGGUCAUCCCCAUAUACGCCUCAGAUAUGAAUCUUUCCAACAACCUCUACAAAAAUGACAACGCCGGGGUCUAUCGGUCUGUUGUGGUCCAGCAGAAUUUGACCAAGUACCCGAACUCUUGGACCCAGUAUAGCAACGGCAGUGCAGAUCAGCUUCCAACUUUCUCCACCGCGGCCAAGACAAGGGUCGCCAUUACCUGCGUUAUAUUCCUAGUGUCCGCUUUCUGCAACCUGGCCGUCCUGUGGUCGGCCAGCACCAACAACAAAAGGAAGUCGCACGUGAGAAUACUUAUAAUAAACCUGACAGCGGCGGAUCUCUUGGUCACUUUUGUUGUCAUGCCUCUGGAUGCCAUCUGGAAUGUCACAGUUCAGUGGCUCGCGGGGGACGUUGCUUGCAGGAUCCUUAUGUUUCUGAAACUCGUGGCUAUGUACGCCUGCGCGUUCGUGACUGUGGUCAUUAGCUUAGACAGGCAGUCUGCAAUCCUCAACCCACUGGCCAUCAACGAAGCGAAGAAGAAAAACAAAAUGAUGCUCUCCGUGGCUUGGACCAUGAGCGUGUUGCUGUCAGUUCCGCAGAUGUUCAUAUUUCACACUGUUACUAUCACCGUACCGCAGAACUUCACCCAAUGCACCACCAGGGGGAGCUUCCAGGAGCACUGGCAGGAGACAGCGUAUAACAUGUUCACCUUUGCGUGCCUCUUCCUCUUACCGCUGGUCAUCAUGAUCUUGUGCUACUCCAGGAUCCUCAUUGAGAUAUCAAAACAAAUGACCAAGGGAAACAUAUCUUCGAAGGAAGUGCACUUGAGGCGAUCAAAGAACAACAUACCAAAGGCGCGAAUGAGAACUCUGAAAAUGAGCAUCGUCAUCGUGACUUCCUUCAUUGUCUGCUGGACCCCUUAUUACCUUCUCGGGCUGUGGUAUUGGUUUUCCCCUGAUGUGCUGGAAGAAACCGUCUCCCAUUCCCUGAGCCACAUGCUGUUUCUAUUCGGGCUGUUCAGCACUUGCCUGGACCCCAUCACUUACGGGCUCUUCACCAUCCAUUUCACCAGCCUCAAACGCUACUGCUGCAGCACCAACAUGAUGGUGGAGUCGGAAACCAAUUCCACCACGACCAGCUCCUUCAGGUGCUCAGCUGCAUCGCUCCGCAUGAAGAGGCUCACUGUGCUCGCUCACGAGAUGCAAGGGAGUAGCGGUGCUAGGAACAAGCCGGAGAGAAAGACUGGCUACUACAGCAACGGCAACAGCUAUCUCGCUGUCUACAAGGAAGGGACCAAUGACAGGACUCAUUCAUGAUGUGAGAUCAAACCAAUGCAGGAUGGAAGAAAGGCUGCACUCUCUGCUCGAGUGCUUUGAGAAGAAAGGGGUUGGACAAGCACCCCCCAUGGGCACCCCGGACUGAUUACCUCCCCUGAUUCCUCCAGGGAUGUUUGAGAUGGAAAUCUGUAGGAAAGUCUGAUCUCCAGAUUGGCCUGUGAAGCAAUUACUAUGGAGGAUGCUUUUCAUGAAACAGCAGUCCUUUUUUGCAGCCCCUGCCAACCAAGCACCUACAAUCAGUCCUCUGUCAAAGUCCCUUGCAACAGGGAGAUGCAGAUUGUGUAUAUUCCACAAUACUCUGCCUGUCAGGGAGUCCAUCUGUAUAAGAAGUUAAUGAGGUAUUGUAUGUGAAGGGUAGUCAAUUUACACACAAGUGCACACUGCAUAUCACAGGUGUUUAUAAUGGGUCCACACCCUACAUGUGUAAUCAUCCUGGGGAUUUGAAACACUUAAUCAGGUCCAUUCUUUAUGCCUUUGUCGUGAUUUUCUGUUAUAACUACAGGUCAGCUCAAUGGGAUGGUGGUGGACAGAUGGACAGGACGGACAAAAUGGAUAUUAUCAGCUCACAAGGGUCCCCAUUUUUUGA